UAGAGACGACGUGUCGGGAGAAUUUGUUUCUCGUAAAAUUGGUGAUUGCAAACCUGGAAACAACAAUCGAUGGAUUUAUAUAUUUUAUUGCCUUUCUAAUGCGGUGUUAGCUUACAAAUUCGUCAGCGUUACAAAUAACAUAGCCAACGUUUUUAAGUGAAUAAUAUGUAAAUGAUUUGACGUACUUGGCGUAGUGUGGGCUGUGGUAUUUGUGUAUGUUUAGAAAGAAAAAGCAGGUUUAGGUGAUAUUGGAAUUUUUCCUAAUCGUAUUCUUAUCGCGGGAUAAAAUUAUCAGUGCAGUGAGUGAAGGUUUGUGUGCUUAGUGAUUUGUGUUGAAUAUCGUUUGUGUGGUGUGAUUCGGUUUUGUGAAACUUCAAUUAUGUUGGAUCAGGACUUGGCUUCUGUACAUCAGAAGACAAAUCAAGAGGCGGUGGUUUUUAAGAUCUCAUCAUCAUAAUGGCGAGCUCCAAUCAGCGGCAGUCCCACAGCGCCGCCGACGAUGCUGCGACCGGAGUCGCCCCUCGCUGACCACCGCAGCCUGCUGCCGCGCCGCCUCCUCCCGGUCAAGGCCCAGAUUGCGCCGGCAGACAAGAAGAGGAACCGCCGCUCCCUGGAGCUCAACCCCACACCCGACCACACCUACGACUACCCCAAACUCCUCAUCUCCAAGACCACUGACUCGCUCAACACCGAGUGCCCCCGCAAACUCAUCAACAAGCAGGACUCGACCGACAGCCUCAAGCGAGCCCUGCUCUCGAAGGACGAGAAGAAGAAAGACGAUAAAAAGACUCUAACCAAGCAGGACUCCAGUGACAGUCUCAAAAAGACGCUGCUAUGUCGUCAGGACUCCAACGAGAGCGCGAAACGGAAGGAGUCCGACCCGAAAUGGACGCAACGAAACGAGGAGAAGCGGGAGGUAAAGCGGGGGAGAGAUAAGAAGGGGCUUCUAGAGACGGAUAUCGAUGAGCCGUGCAAGAGGAUAUACGAAAGGAGGACGGGGUGCGCGCGGCCGACGCUGCCGCCGGUCGCGGAGAAAGGGCUGUCCCCCAAAUCGCCGACGGGAAGCCCGCUGACGCCGGGGGUGGCGGCAGUCGCUGAGGGAGUUGUGCGGUGGGGCAGCGGCCUCCUCUCCCCGAAGGAGGAACCGAGGCUUAGACCAGCUCGCAGCUGGUAUGGCUACGGAACACUACCCACUGAUAGCGAAAAGGUGGGAGCGGGCACGGGCCCCGGCGGGCGGCGGGCUCUGGAGCUGAUCCUCAGCGGCGGGCUCAAGUCCCUGGCGAGACCAGCUCGCCCCGUGCGCCGCGCCGCCUCCCGCGACUCCGUGCUGUCGCAGCCGCAGCCUCUACUAGAAGGUCUUCGGAAGUGCUCCACCGUUCUGGCGCUGACGGAACGCGAGCGAGCCCCCGAGCCGAUGCGCGCUCACAAUCGCCUGCGCGCACCCUCCGUCUGCUCUCGCUGCUCCAGCUUGCUGUCCCUGGCUGGCGCUGGUGGCUCCAGAUAUUCCCUGGAUGGCCAAGGCGGUGGGUUUGUGCCGGCCGCACCUGUCAACUGCAAGCUGUGCUUAGAGGACACUCCGCCGGACAAACUCACCGUCAUCUCCGGCUGUGGAUGUAUAUUCUGCACCAAGUGCAUGGCGGCGUACGUGGAGUUCGAAGUGGUGAAUGGCGCGUACGAGGUGUCGUGUCCCGACGCGCGGUGCGGCGCCGGCGCGGCGUUGUCCCUCGACGAGCUAGCGGCGCUGCUGCCGCCAGAACUGCUCGAGAAACACAAUAAGUUCCGUCUCAAUCAUGAGGUGGCGAUGGACGCCAUGCGAGCGUUCUGCCCGCGACCUGGCUGCGACACGGUGGUCCAGGUGCGAGCCGCCAGUCCCGCUCACUGCCCCACCUGCCGACACGACUUCUGCUCGCAGUGUAACCAGGAGUGGCACGGUGGCGUCUCCUGCGCUCAAGCUGCCGCGGCCAUGGCGGGGGCUCCGCUACUGGACUCCGAGCUGAUCAAGCUGUGCCCCAUGUGCCGGGUGCCCAUAGAGAAGGACGAGGGCUGCGCACAGAUGAUGUGCAAGCGCUGCAAGCAUGUCUUCUGCUGGUACUGCCUCGCCUCGCUUGAUGACGAUUUUUUACUCCGGCACUACGACAAAGGCCCGUGCAAGAAUAAACUGGGACACUCUCGCGCCUCUGUGCUGUGGCAUCGCGCGCAGGUGGUUGGCAUAUUCGCCGGCUUUGGCCUGCUGCUGCUGGUGGCCAGUCCCCUGCUACUGCUCGCCGCGCCGUGUAUCGUGUGCUGUAAAUGCAGACUGUGCAAUCCCAAUACGAAGAAUUUGGAGGAAGUUGACGAGAUUGAGAGCAUCACUCCGGGCAGGGAAGAGGAGGGAGAGAGCACCAGGUAUCUCUCCGAUUGACCUCCGCGCUACUAGACAACGAACUUAACCUUGGGGACAAAAUUCAACCUUUGUCCCGAAUUUAGGUCCCAUUUUCGACCUUUGGCAUUGGCAUAAACGCUCAUAGAUGGAGAAGAUUGUCGUUCGAAACUUUACGGACGAAUGAAACCACAGGUCACACUCGCAUUGACCAAGAAGUGACUUACGAAAUGACAAAAUAUAUUUAUUUUAUAUAAGGAGGUGUUACGAUCGACGUUUAAAAGUACAAAGAAUAAAAGAGUAGAUUCAUUUUCAAUGAAUAUUUAAGACCACAAAAAUAUUUUUAUCGUAAUCGUAGAGCGAAGCUUAAAGAUUUUAGGAGAGAAAAGCAUUUUUUAACCUACGAUUUAGCCGGGUUAGUUUUAGACUAGUCAAAUGAGCUAAAGUCUAGACUUCGGAAAGAUAACAUCGAUAAAGAGCAUCGUAAGAUUGUGAUUCGAAAAGCAGCGAUUUAGAUUGUUAUUUGCUAUUACAUACUUGAAUUGAUGGUAAGUACUCUUGCGUUCUAGCUCUUAACUUUCAUAAACUGAUAGAUACUUUUUAGCUUCGUUCAAUUUUAGAUUAAAUAAGUAUAUAUUAU